AAUUCUCUCUUAUGGUGUUUAUCCCACUCGCUCACUUUCAAACUACAUAUCUCGCAAGCCGCAAAGGAGCUUCCGCCGCCGCAGAAAGAAAGAGAAAGCGAGAAAAAUGGAGGCAGCGAGAACUGUUAAGGACGUUUCUCCCCACGAAUUUGUGAAGGCCUAUGCCACCCAUCUCAAGCGCUCCGGCAAGAUUGAGCUUCCUCCAUGGACCGAUAUUGUCAAGGGUGGUAAAUUUAAGGAGCUUGCUCCAUAUGACCCUGAUUGGUACUAUAUAAGAGCUGCUUCCAUGGCAAGGAAAAUCUACAUGAGGGGAGGUCUUGGUGUUGGUGCCUUCAGGAGGAUAUAUGGAGCUGCCAAGAGAAAUGGCAGCCGCCCACGUCAUUUCUGCAAGAGCAGUGGCUCUAUUGCUCGUCACAUUCUCCAGCAAUUGCAGAACAUGAACAUCAUCGAUCUUGAUACCAAGGGUGGUAGGAGAAUCACAUCUAAUGGCCAACGUGAUCUUGACCAAGUUGCUGGAAGGAUUGCAGUUGCCCUCUGAGAAAUUUAAUAGAUGCUUUCCAAUGGGUUGAGUUCCUGAAUUUAGUUGUUUGAAAGAGUACUAUUUUAGGAGGCAAUGAUAAUCAAUUUCCUGGUUGGUCUGUGUCUUUCUGGUUUCUUCUAUAUGAAGCUUUUUUUUUUGUUUUGAAUUCCAAUAUGCUGUUUGUUGGCUAUGGACCUUCAAUUUUGAAGUCUAUUUAAAACUCAUUUCUAGAAA